AUGGAGUUGAAUGGAGUUUGCCUUUUGAGUAACCACAAGUCAUCCAAGGAGGCUACAUUGCCUCUGCCUUGGAGGAAGAGCUGGUUUGGAUGGGUGAAAAGGCUAUUCACUUCUGAGUCAAAGGACAACAAAGUAAGGGUACUCAUUUUGGUUAACGUUUCCCUUGUGUACUCUCAGAAAUGGGGGUGGAGUUUUGGAAGGAUUAAGCAGAAACAGUAUCCUACAAUUACAGCUCCAAAUAGGACAUUGAUUGAAGCAAGUGCAGAACAGAGAAAGCAUGCUUUAACUGUGGCUAUUGCAACUGCAGCAGCUGCUGAAGCUGCAGUUGCUGCUGCACAUGCUGCUGCUGAGGUUGUCAAACUCACAGGUGCCUCUCGUUCUUACUCAUAUCUUUCCAAGGGAGACAGAAGUUUAGCUGCCAUCAAGAUCCAAAGUGCAUAUCGUGCACAUCUUGCUAGGAAAGCAUUAAGAGCAUUGAAGGGAGUUAUAAGACUGCAAGCCAUAAUUCGUGGUCAGGCUGCAAGACGUCAAGUGUCAAACACUUUACAGAAUUUUCCCUCCAAUGCAAGAAAUCAGGUGGAAAUUCUGGAAAGAAGCAGCCAUACUGCUGAACAUAUGCAGCAAAGUCCAAAGCAAAAGAAAAAGUUAGAAGAGAAGGAACUGAAGUGUGAAGGCUAUAGUCAAAGAACAUGGGAUUGUAGCUUGCUAUCAAGAGAAGACAUUGAAGCGAUAUGGCUUAGAAAACAUGAGGCAACGGUCAAAAGAGAGCGCAUGAAACAGUACUCUUCUUCACAAAGGGAAAGAAAAAAUCCCCAAAUGGUGGAAGAAUCUGUGCACAGCAUGAACUUUGGAAGAGAGGGCUGUCGAACACUGGGAGAGUGGCUGCACAAAGAAACAUGUGAUUGGAAUGUGAUCCAUAAGCCAACUCUUCCUUCAAACUUGAUGACAACAAAACAAGAAUUGCAAGAAGGAUUGAGUCCAAAAAUUUCAAUCCCAAGGAAAUCAUUUUCUCUUGUAAAAAGAAGUUUAAAUGGGGAUGAGAGUUUCAUGUCAAAUUCUCCAGUUUUUCCUACAUACAUGGCUGUUACUGAAUCAAGCAAAGCAAAGAUGAGGUCUAUUAGCACACCAAAGCAAAGAACAGGAAUCUUGGAUAUAUGCUCCAAUCAGAAUGAACCUCAAAAUGAAGGAAUCUCCUUUUACUCUUCUUAUUAUGGUUCAACUAGUAGUACCAAUGAAAACAAUGCAAGUUACCAACAAAGAUGCUAG